AUUGGGCCAUCUGAGAAGGAAAGGAAGAUCCCCCUCUACCUCCCUCCUUUUUCUUCCGUCAGAAGCUUCCAAUUCCAUGUCCGCCUCAACCAGCAGUUCUGUCUCCUUCCUUGCUGCGACCCAGCUCAGAGUUCCUCCCUGCCCGACCUCUACCGAUUUGAUUACUGUCUGAUCUCUUCUGGGUCCCAGUCAGCUCUUCGGUGGAGAUCGUUACUCACUGUGAAUUGGGAAUGAGUGGUUGAACAUGAGAAGGCAGCUCAGAGUUUGGUGGCCGAGGCAGCACCGUCAGCUUACUCCGCCGUCAUGUUACAUCCUUUUGGGCUGGUUCAUCUCCGCUUCUCCUGCUUCCCUUGACGCUGUAGUAGCCUUAGCGAUCGAUGCGGCGUCAGUGUCUCAGCUCGCCUCUGGCCUGGAGGAGAUCCUUUGCAAAACAAACAGGGACAUGCCUGCAGCUCUACAGGAGAAAUCAAUGAUCUCCAUAUUGGGUCAGUGUGGUGCUGAUCUCAGUAAUAAUGCCACUAAAGUGAGGAAGAAAGUAAAAUGCAAGACAUCUGUCUGUGUCCCUAACGGUGCCAAUUUAGAUCCUUCUUUGCGAAGCAAACGGAAUUGGAACUGUGGUUGCUACAACAUGAAGGAAACUUGUGGCAUUGCUUUUGGAAGCAGUACGUGGAUCAAACUGUUGCAUGAACCUUGUGGAAGGUUUGCCACCAACAAACUCUUGGUUCCUGAAGUGGAUCAUGUUCAUUGGGAUGGGGAACUGGUUUCCCCAUUCGAUGUGCACGUGAUACUUUAUGAAGUUCCCUCAUAUGGGUCUCACCAUUUCUCUCUGAGUUACUCAGAUGUCUCUCACCAAGCUAAAACUCCUCUAAAGAAACCUAAUUGGGUAAAUGAGCUUCAUCUACAUCGUCCACUUGUUGACCUGGAUGCAGUAAUUUUGGCAAUCAAUUGUUCAUCAGCUCUGGCCAGGUUUUACCCGAAGAGAGAAUCAGCAACAGAGACGUCCCUCCUUCGGUUUUCUAUCAUCUGGAUGUUAUAUGCCUUAGUGUGGCAUGCUUUGGGUAUAUUUGUAGCUACAUUAUCCGCGCUGUUUUACUUUAGUCUUCAGUGUUUUCAUGGUUGUGGAAAUCUUGGACUGCCGUCAUGGACUGGGAUGAUAUCUGCGAAGGCAUUUAACACAACAUGGGCCAAUAUCAAAAUCCGGUCGUGUCAAAUUCUUUAUUGGUGUAUAUUCCUACAGGAGAGCGGCCCAAGGUCCCAUUCCUGUGUGGAAUAUGAGGAAAAGUCUGCAUUGCGGAAGCAUUCAAUGUGGGCAAACUUAGCAGUUGAUAUUCUUUUGGGAAACUUGAUUGGUUUGGCACUGUUACAUAAUGCAGAAUCCACUUGCUCAUGGGUCCUGGACUUUGGGAGUGAUGUGAGUAAUUUGUUGCGAACUGGUUGUGUGUGGUUGAUGGGAGUCCCUGCUGGUUUCAAGUUGAACACAGAAGUGGCAGCAGUUCUUGGCAUGAUUUCUCUUAAUGUGAUUCAAAUUUGGUCCACCCUUUGCACUUUCAUGGGCUUUUUCUUAAGCUAUUUCAUCCGAGGACUGGCUAUAUUGGGGAUGUUUUUUGGUGCCACAGUAUUAGCUGCUUUGGUAAAGGACAUAAUUGCAAUAACAUCAUUGCAUGUGUCAACUUUACAUCAGUUAAUAUCUCUUCUGUAUUCCAUUCAAACAAAGGCUUUAGCUGCUCUGUGGCGCCUUUUCAGGGGUCAAAAGUGGAAUCCGCUUCGCCUGAGGUUAGAUAGUUAUGACUACACCGUGGAGCAACACAUUGUUGGGUCCCUUCUUUUCACGCCACUUUUACUCCUAUUACCAACGACCUCUGUUUUCUACAUCUUCUUCACCAUUAUGACUUCAUCCGUCAGCGUCGUAUGCAUAAUGACUGAAGCUAUCAUAUCAGUUAUUCAUGUAACACCCUAUGUCAAGAUUUUCCUUUGGUUGGUGAGUCCGAAAAGAUGCCCCGCUGGAAUAUGGCUGCAAAUUGAAUCCUAUAAACCGGGUAGAAUCAAAUCUGCUGGGGUAAAAUCUUUUCCUGAAGAUGGACACUCUCGAUUGAAGAGUUCUCUUGGAAAAGCUGAAGCUGAGAAAUCCUGGGAUGAAGCAAAUACUUUGGUUUCAUUCCUCCACAGUAAUUUCCCAACUAUCGGACAAAUAAUAUUACCUCACUACAGAGAAGUCUUCACUGGGGGUUUUAAACCACUCGUCAUGGCAUCAGCUCGUGGAAUUCUUACUGGGAAAAGGGUCCCUCAAACACUGGAGACCCGCCUUCCUUCUACAAUCCCAUGGAUGGCCAUUCCUGUGAAAGAGUAUUGGCAACUAUGCCGUGAGGCAGUGCUUUCAUGCAUGGCAAGCCGUGACGGCCUCACAUCAGCUUGGUUGAAGCACACCUGAUAUGAUGAUUGAUUAACCUGUUUGCAAUUUUGGAGGCUUUUUGUCCUUAGGAGUUAGUUCUUUUAGUAUCCUCUCCCAUUCAUUUAGUUAGCACUCAAAUUCGUGAUUCUCGUGUCAGUUUUGCCGUUUUGGCUAUUUACUCACUAUUAGUUGUUGCAUCUAUUAAUCCAGAAAGAUUUGCCGUCUCCAGCAAGAGAAGGCUUUGUAGUUAUCAUAGGUUCAUUCAGAUUAGCUGUGAUAAUCUGUCAGGCAGAUCAAUUGUCCUUCCUACACCUAUGGUUUGCUUAGCUAGGAAUCAUUGUUUGAUUGCUAUGGCAGUUAUUAUUUAUCAGCCGAAAACUGUCUGUUGGAUUCUACAAAGAUCAUAGAGCUCGGGUUUUUUUCAACAGGACACAUACAAUUAAUAUCGGGACUCAAGAUAUUGAUCCUUCAGAA